UCACUCGGUCAUCCUUCCUGCUCAGACUGUGGGGAGGGAUUCACUCGGUCAUCCUUCCUGCUCAGACUGUGGGGAGGGAUUCAAUUGAUCAUUUGACCAAAUAGCAAGCCAGUCAUUUUACACAGAAGAAAGGCUGUUCACCUGCUCAGACAGUGGGAAUAGAUUCACUCGGUUAUCACAAUUGAAUGUACAUCAGCAAGUUCACACUGGGCAAGGCCAUUCAUCUGUUCUGUGUGUGAGAAAGGAUUCAGUUGGACCUGUGGACACAUCAGUCAGUUCACACCACACUGGGCAGAAGCUGGUGAUCUGUUGAAUUUCUGAGAAAGGAUUCACUCAGUCAUUUGACCUAAUGGCUCACCAGCAAGUUCACACUGGGGAGAAGCCGUUCACCUGUUCAGUCUGUGAGAAGAGAUUCACUCAGUCAUCCCAACUACAGAGACAUCAGCGAGUUCACACUGGGGAGAAGCCUUUCACCUGCUCAGUCUGUGAGAAGAGAUUCACUCAGUCAUCCCAACUACAGAGACAUCAGCGAGUUCACACUGGGGAGAAGCCAUUCACGUGCUCAGAAUGUGGGAAAGGAUUCAGUGAGUUAUUUAGCCUACUUAGACAUCAGCGAGUUCACACUGGGGAGAAGCCGUUCACCUGCUCAGAAUGUGAGAAGAGAUUCACUCAGUCAUCCCAACUACAGAGACAUCAGCGAGUUCACACUGGGGAGAAGCCAUUCACGUGCUCAGAAUGUGGGAAAGGAUUCAGUGAGUUAUCCAACCUACAGAGUCAUCUGCGAGUUCACACUGGGGAGAGGCCGUUCACCUGCUCAGAAUGUGGGAAGGGAUUCACACUGUCAUCCCACCUACUGGUACAUCAGCGUGUUCACACUGGGGAGAAGCCGUUCACCUGCUCAGUCUGUGGGGAGGGAUUCACUCAGUCAUCCCACCUACGGAGUCACCAGCGAGUUCACACUGGGGAGAAGCCAUUCACCUGCUCAGUCUGUGGGAAGGGAUUCACUUACUCAUCCCACCUACAGAGUCAUCAGCGAGUUCACACUGGAGAGAGGCCGUUCACCUGCUCAGUCUGUGGGAAGAGAUUCACUGAUCCAUCCAACCUACAGAGUCAUCAGCGAGUUCACACUGGGGAGAAGCCGUUCAGCUGCUUAGUCUGUGGGAAGAGAUUCACUCGCUCAUCCAGAUUACUGGAACAUCAGCGAGUUCACACUGGAGAGAGGCCAUUCACCUGCUCAGACUGUGGGAGGGGAUUCACUCAUUUAUCCAGCCUACAGAGUCAUCAGCGAGUUCACACUGGGGAGAAGCCAUUCAUCUGCUUAGUCUGUGGGAAGAGAUUCACUUGCUCAUCCAGAUUACUGGAACAUCAGCGAGUUCACACUGGAGAGAGGCCAUUCACCUGCUCAGAAUGUGGGAAGAGAUUCACUCGCUCUUCCACACUACAGAGACAUCAGCGAGUUCACACUGGAGAGGAGCCAUUUACCUGCUGAGAAUGUGGGAAAGGAUUCACUCAGUCAUCCCAACUACUGGCACACCAGUCAGUUGUUAUGAAUCCCUAGGUUUUGUUUGCUGUGGACUGUCAUUUUAAGAGAGAGAGAGAGAGAGAUUAGGAAGGUGAAUCAGUCUGACUUGCAGCUUGUUUACAUCACUCCCAGCUUGUUCAGUUUUAACUGAGGACACAGACGCUCAGAGUCAGACGGAGAUGAAUGAGGAAAAAUGGAAGGAUCGAAACAAGGGAAAUAGGUGCCAAGGGUCACUGUUUGGAAUUUUCCUAUGCCCACAAGUGUGGGUUAAUUAUC